UCACUUGAGUGCUCUCGUGUAUUAUUCUAUCCUUGUUGUUCGUUCUAUGUGAAACAAAGAUAGAAUGAUACUCGAGAGCACUUGGGUGACGUUUUCGAACGCAGCCCUAAAAUGACGUACGCGAUUGACCGCCUCUCAGGUUCUUCUCGAUCUGCAUUUACUCAUUCUGUAUAACCGACAGCGCACGUUCUUUUGCGUUGACACGCGUAUCGACUAAUCGAAUGUCGGCGCUUUAACUGCGAGAUUCACGAGAUCGACGGUUGCAAGAAGUGCGGCGAGUGGUGGAGGGCUGGAGGGUGGCCUGCUCGACACUUGACGUGACGGUUCUUCGUGAACGUCUGGUGUGGUCUCAUUGGGUCUCGUGGAUCGAAUUUAUUAUUCCGGCUGUGCGAUUUUGUGGAAUUCUGUUAUGGCAUAGCAACGAGAUCGCGUGAGGAUGAAUAGAACCGCGAGGCCUACGGGCUCCUGUAGGGGCGGCCUGUACGUCGUCGAGGGCGAGGUAUGCCUCCUGGUGACGGCGAUGCGACGAGGUACUCGAUGGUCGUCACAUUCUCACCAGGAUGACGAUCAGGAUACUCUAAUGAAGGGCUUAAGUACCUUAAAGGAGGUAUUGAAUGAACACAGAGAUCUAUCCCAAUUGGAACCUGCCGUUUUUCUCACUCCCUUUCUAGAAAUUAUAAGAUCUGAAGAGACCACAGGACCUGUGACUAGUCUAGCACUGUCUGCUGUUAAUAAGAUAAUUUCUUAUGGGCUCGUUGAUCCUAAUCAUCCUGCCAUAGCCACUUGUGUAGAAGCCAUAGCAGAUGCUGUUACACGCGCAAAGUUUGUAGGAACUGACGCAACUAGCGACGGAGUGGUUCUCAUGAGAGUUCUACAGGUUCUGAGAGCCCUCAUGUUAUCGCCUGCUGGUGAUCACCUUUCCAAUGAAAGUGUGUGCGAAAUUAUGCUGAGUUGCUUCAGAAUAUGUUUCGAUUCGCGUCUCAGUGAAAUACUUAGAAAAACAGCGGAGCAUUGCCUGAGGGACAUGGUUCAGCAUUUGUUUACCAGGUUACCUCAAUUUGUCGAUGAUACUAGGGUUUUGCUGAAUAUGAAAAAAAUGAGAACGAACAACAUGGAAAAUACUCGUAGCAAGAACAGAAAACAUAAAAGUUAUACAAAGCAGAAAUCCAAGCCUACCGCGGAUGACGCUGAUGAGAAGGAGCAGCAUGUUACAAGUCCAGUUGACAAAAUACGAGCUGGUCACUUGGCCACCACACCAGUCUCACCAGUCGGCAAUAUCGUUGAUAUGCAAGGAUCGUUGAAUCACGGAAGUAUCGAUAAAAAUGAGGACGAAAAGAAUGAAAACAAGAUUAACAAAGAUAAUACUAAAGAUGGAAACGAUUGUAUCAAAACGGAUAAGGAUCAGGAAGCUAAUAAGAAACAGGAGGUUGAAAAAGAUGAAAGCAACAGAGACGUCAAAAGCGAGACGGAAAUGGUUAAAACGAAUAGCGUAUCUGAAAGUACUGAUGUGGAAAAUAAAGUUUUAACGGAAAGUAAGAGUGUGGAAAAGGAAGAUGCAGCAGUUGAGCAGAAAAUCAUAGAUGAACCCGAAUUUUCCAUUAAGCAAUCUGCCUCAGAAAAUCAAGGUGAUGAGGAAAAAAGCAUCGAUUUAGCGCAAUCUCCGACUGGUAGCGUAGAAGAUUUAUCGAUAGACGAAAACGUGUCUAAGGCAUCUAAAGUAAAAGAGUCUGAGCAGAUUGAGGAGUAUGUUAAUAGUCAAGGUGUUCGAUUUAUUCCGUUGCAGCAUCGAGCGCCGUAUGGCGCAUUAUGUGUUCGCGAACUGUUUAGAUUUCUCAUAUCCAUAUGUAGUCCUCUCGACAAGCAGAACAAUGAAAUUAUGACCCAUUUGGGUCUUAGCUUGUUGCAAGUAGCGUUAGAGAUCGCCGCUGACGCUCUUUCUAAUUUCUCGUCCUUACUUGCACUUGUAAAGGACGACUUGUGUAGGAAUCUAAUCUUGCUACUUGGAACAGACAGAUUGUCGAUCCUUGCUGUAAAUCUUCAAGUAUCAUUCUUGCUUUUCGAGUCGCAAAGAGAACACCUAAAAUUUCAACUGGAGCAUUAUUUAAUUAAAUUAAUAGAAAUAGUUGUUUCUGAAUCUAAUAGAAUAUCAUAUGAGCAACGAGAAUUAGCGCUGGAAGCUAUAGUAAGAUUAUGGAGAAUACCCGGAUUACCCGCUGAGCUAUAUUUAAAUUACGAUUGCGGACUUUAUUCUACAAACUUGUACGAGGAACUUAUGAAGAUGUUUUCCAAGAAUGUUUCUCUACCAAUAAUUAAUGGUAUGCACACCAUGCAAUUGAUUUCCUUGGAUGCUAUAAUAAUGCUGAUCAUUGGCAUGGCUAUUCGCUGCAAAGGCUGCAAGGAAUUGUGCAAGCCGUCGCGUCACGAGGCAUCGUCAAAUCUUCCUACACGUGAGGACUUGCAUGCUAUAAAAACGAACAAGAAGUGGUUGGUUCUUGGCACGGAAAAGUUUAACGAAAAUCCGCGGGAAGGUAUCGUGAAACUUACGGAACACGGUUUGUUAGGUGGUCCGGGUCAUUCAGAUCCUGAAAAAAUCGCGAAGCUUCUGAGAGAAAAUCCUGGCUUAGAUAAGAAAGCGAUCGGCGAGUACAUCAGCAAGAAAGAAAAUAAAAACAUUCUCAAUUAUUUUGUGCAUAAUUUUGACUUGAGAAAUACUCGAAUUGAUCAGGCUUUGCGUCUUUAUCUGGAAUCAUUCAGGCUACCUGGAGAAGCUCCUCUUAUAUCUCUUCUACUUGAGAAGUUUGCUGAGCAUUGGCAUGAUAGCAAUGGUAGACCUUUUGCUUCGGCUGAUGCCGCCUUUACGUUAGCUUACGCGGUGAUCAUGUUGAAUGUUGAUCAACAUAAUUAUAAUGUAAAGAGACAAAAUAAUCCUAUGACUGCCGAUGAAUUUAAGAGAAAUUUGAAAAAAGUUAAUGGCGAUACUGAUUUUGAUCAGGAUAUGCUUGAUGAGAUAUAUACUUCAAUUAAAGGGGAAGAAAUUGUAAUGCCAGCCGAGCAAACUGGAUUAGUAAAAGAAAACUAUUUAUGGAAGGUUUUAUUGAGAAGAGGCUCUGGACCUGAAAGCAUGUACAUGAAAGUAGGCAAUUCCGGCGAGUUCAUUGAUAAAGACUUAGCUGAAUGUGCAUGGGGUCCUAUUGUGAGCGCUCUUUGUCGCGCUUACGACAAAACGCCGGACAUAUCUUUACAACACAAAGUUGUUACAACAUUCCUCAGUUGCGCGGCGAUUAGUGCUUACCAUGGGAUGUGCAGCGACUUGGAUACACUCAUAGUGAGUCUUUGCAAAUUUACAAGCCUAAUGAUUGGCGGAAAGUCCGAGCAAGUGGUUUUACAUCUCGGUGGCAAUCCAAAGAACCAAAUGGCCGCUCAUACUCUCUUCAAGAUCACGCGUUCACAUGGGGACGCCUUGAGAACUUCUUGGAAAAAUAUUAUCGAUUGCUUGCAGUCCCUCUAUGAAGCGAGAUUAUUGCCCAAAGAUCUCACGGAGGCGGAGGAUUUCAUCCAUCCGUCCGGCAAGAUAUCUUUAUUCCGAGAAUCGACCACACCCAAGUCUUCCCAGGGUGAUCAAGGAUCACUACUUUUCAAUCUUUAUUCUAUGAUUGCUAUGGAUACAUCGCGUCAGCCACAUCCCGUCGAGGCUGCGCGAAAAAAGGCUGUGGAGUUUAUAGCAAAUUGUAAUCUCAAGGGAAUCAUAGAAGAAAGCAAAUUCUUUCAGAGUGAAUCGCUCAAUUCUCUCGUUGGUGCUUUGGUAUCGGUAAAUCCUAACGACGAGAAUAUAUCUAUAUUUCUACUAGAGUUGUUAUUAGAAGUAACUAUACAGAAUCGUGACAGAGUAACGUGCAUCUGGCCUGUGGUCCAGAGUCACUUGGAACGUCUGUUAACAGUGGCGGCGCGUGAGAAUCAUCCUUAUUUACUCGAAAGAGUGGCCGUGGGUAUGUUGAGAUUGGCCAUCAGGCUUUUACGCGGCGAAGAAUUCGCGUGUCUGUCCCCUCUACUGCCUCUGACCAAUUUGCCAUCCGCGACGACUACGCCGUUGGCUCGACAAAUUGCUUAUGGUCUAUUCGAGCUACUGAAAACGGGCGCCGCGAACAUCCACAGCGCGGAAGAUUGGAAGGUGGUGUUCAGCUUGCUGGAGUGCGCGGGUGCCGGCGCGUUGGCGCCUAAACGAUCCAAUACGGUUUUAGAUGAGACAACGAAUGCCCGGACAUCAGUUCUGGAUCCCAGACCUAUCAGUCCCGUGCCGGAAUGGGUAUUGGUGUCACCGACUGGUACCGAAGCACCACUUCCCGUAGCCGCUGACACGAUAGUGCUGGCUCGCGAUUUACAACCGCACGACUCGGCGGCGUUCGUCAAAUGCUGCGAAAGUUUGAACUUUUUGGUGCGCGAUAUGGCGCACGUGACACCUUUCAACUUCGAUCUAUGCGUCAACUGCGUGAGAACUUUCGCCGAAGCGGUACUGCAAUGUACGGGCAAACGGAACAGAGUGUGCAAUUCCACGGAGGAAUCACCUGGCUAUCAACAGAGUCCGGUGCAGCUGCUGGACCUGAUGCACACGCUACAUACGAGAAUUGCGCAGGUAUUUCGAUGGUGGGCGGAAGAAGGUAGCAUUGACGACGGUAUAUCCUUGUGGCCGCAAGCCUGGCGACCACUGCUGCAAGGUAUCGCGCGACUCUGCUGCGAUGCCCGUAGACCGAUACGCACGGCAGCGAUCACAUAUCUUCAGAGCACCUUGCUGGCACAUGACCUGGCCCAGCUGUCCGCCAUAGAGUGGUCGCAAUGUUUAGAGGAGGUGCUAUUCCCUCUGCUGGCGCAAUUAUUGGGUCCGAUCGCGUCUAAUGAUCCUAUCGGUGUCGAAGAGACGAGGGUCAGGGCCGCGAUGUUGCUCUCCAAAGUAUUUCUUCAUCAUCUAACUCCGUUGUUGACUCUAUCUGGUUUCCUGCCGCUGUGGUUGACGGUGCUAGAACUUCUGCGCGCGUACAUGCACGCCGACAACAGUGAGCUUCUGUUCGAAGCGAUCCCCGAAUCGUUGAAAAACAUGCUACUGGUGAUGUCGUCGGCCAACGUUCUGGCGCCGAGUUCCAAUCUCUGGGCGCCCACGUGGAGGGCGAUCGACGCCUUUCUACCGAACCUAAAAGCGGAGCUUUUCCCGGAACCGCCUGUCGCGGUUCUGCCGCCUCCGCAGCCGCCAUCGUCACAGCAGUCAUCGCAACCGCAAGUUAUCAGCUUGGUUGGCCAGCAGCAACCAUUGUCUUUUCCGGGACCUAUAGCACCACAACCGGAAAGUAUUCCUCCUUUGGUCGACGAGUGCUCCAACGAGAAUAAUAACGCAGAUCCGAAGACUGGAACGCAGUCCCUGGAUAUUUUAAAUUCUCCGCAGUCUAGUGGAGUUCCGGUUCCAGUUCCGUUACCUUCAUUGAUAUACAAUACCGAGGGUAAGGAGACGCAACAAGUGAUUACUCUAGUUAGUCAACCGGCGCCCAGCGUGUCUAGUCCGGUCGCGGUGCAACCAACGGCUCAGAGUUUCUUUGAUAUUUGUUACUCAGCGAACUCUUUGACCGAAAAGAUAGAUGAACGAUCACCACAGCAACAACAAGAGCAACAUUUAGUGUCGCCAGGAGAGGAAGAGCACAGUAAGUUGAUGAAGGGCGUAGCGCAAAAUGUCGGUUUGACGGAGAAAAAUCGCGAUUUGAUACUCACGAUACGCGAUUUGAAAAAAUAUGAGGAAUGGAAACAGGAACAGCAGCAACAAAUGCUGAUGCAGCAACAGUGCACGCAGCACGCACAGUCGGCACAGUAUCAGCAUUCCCCAACAACGAAAAAUUCUCCAUACCGCAUGGAUUCGUCUGAGACGAUGCAGACAGUAGAUUCAACGGGGACGGCGACGUUUAAUUCCGCCGCGUAUUUUAACGAGGAUCCGGCAGCGGAUCUCCUCUUCGUCGUCACUAAUCCUUGACCACUGUAUAUUUCUUAUGUAUAAAUUGUAUUAUAUAUAAAGUAUUUCUACAACGCGCGUGAUCAUGUUCCGUGUAGACCACUAUCGAGAGUGAUUGAUAAAAUAGCAAGGAUGAGAGCAUAGGCGCAGAGUCGUUGUAUCUUUGGUUUGUAUAUUUGGAAAAAACACUCAUUAUAUACAAAUAAUAUAUAUAUAUAUAUAUAUGUAUUAUUGUAUUAUAUAUGCGUGUAUAUACACGUUAUUGUUAGGAUUAUCAUAUAAUCUUAGCAAUAACUGUGAUGACAUGGCAUAAUUCUCUCGACAUUAUUCCUAGCACUCGAUUUGUUAUAUUACCUGGUUUGUUUUUUGUUUUGCAUUAUGGACAAAAGGAGCUCUUCGCGAACUAGCCAAAUACAAGCCAAAUUAUUUUGGGAAAACGAUCGGUUCCUUGCCAUUGACGUUUUAUUGACGUGUUGCAUGUGUUUUAUGUAGAAUGUGGUAAUCGGCGAAUCAUAAUUUCUCGAUUCAUCAGAAUUCUCCUUAAGUAUUUAACAAAUUCUAGUACUACAUCAGAUAAGAGACUUUUUUCUCUUAUGUUUUUGCAAAACGUGUGUUAGACGCGUACAUGUUCAAUGCGAUUCGUAGAAAAUGCCGAAUUAGUUGACAAUGAUGAUUUCACUAAACAAAAAUCGAGAGACCGUUGCGAUGUGAGUUCGAUUUCAUGUGAAGAACGAUCUAGCAUACUUAUAGAUUAGUCGUCGCGUUUUCCAAAUCACGAACAGAUGAAAAGAAACUAUUCUACAUCGUCGCGCAAAUUGAACUCUGUGAAAUUGCAUCGGUUUCAUAACCGACGUUUGUAACUUAUACUUUUAACGCAAUUCGAAUGUUUCUUCAUUCGAAUUUUCUUUCUUCUUCUCAUCGUUUCUUCUUCUCAUCGUAAAUCAAUCUGUACAUAUGCAAAUAAUAUAUUAAAUAAGAAGAGA